GUGGAAGACGAGCUACGACGGCCGCCAUUAAAACUGCCUCCGGAUUGUGAAGAUGAGGUGAGAUGAUGACGUGGCAUUGUUUUGGCCUCUUCCACUUUUGCCAAAAAAAGUCUUUCUCUAUUGUGAAGUCUCCGGAGACUCAAAAAAGGCAACUUCCGACGAAGCUUCGCAUGAGUAUUGAGUGGUGGAUCCAACGUGUUCUCUUUACUUACUUCACUACGCCUUGCUCAUUGCUUCUCCACUCAUCUCUCUCCCUCUCUCUCUCUCUCUCCCCAUCGGCAUACACAUGGCAGAACUUGUGGGCGGCGAAGUUGUGACGGAGCUCGUGAAGCAGCUCUUUGCUGUGUCAAAGAAAGCCUUCAGGUGCAGAAGCGUCGCGGAGAAUCUCGCAAUCAUGAUCGACAACGUUAAACCAAACAUCAAGGAGAUCCUCUACAGCGGCGUGGAGGUGAGUGAGCAUCGCCAGGUUCAAUUGCGUAUGUUCUCUGAGACUUUAGACAAGUGCAAGAAGCUCACCGAUAAGGUUCUUAAAUGUCACCGUUGGAACAUGGUUCGUCAGCUGUACCAUGCCAAGAAGAUGGAAGAUCUUGAGAAGAAGAUCUCCAGAUUCAUUCAGGGCUUGCCUCUCCAUAUUCUCGCUGACGUUCAUCAUCUCCGGGUCGAUGCUGAAGUGCGCUUGGAUCGGAUUGAUAGGAGUUGCGAUAGCUUGACUGAGAAGCUUGGUUCUAUGAAGAUCAGGGGAAGUGAAUCGAUGCGGGAGGUGUUGAAGACGGCCGAGGCUACCAUGGAGACUGUGACUGAUGAUGGUGGUUUCGAAAACUUGGGGGUGGGAUUGGAAUUGGGGAAGAGGAAAGUGAAGGAGAUGUUGUUUAAAUCCAGUGAUGAAGCUCGACUUGUUGGGAUCUCAGGGAUGAGUGGUUCAGGGAAAACCACACUUGCCAGAGAGAUUGAGCGGGACGAGGACGUUCGAGGCCACUUUGGGGACCGGGUUUUGUUUCUGAUUGUAUCACAAUCUCCCAAUCUUGAGGAGCUGAGAUCACGUAUUUGGGGAUUUCUUACUGGUUAUGAUGUUGACGUUGGUGAUACCCUGCCGGAAUCGACACGGAAGCUAGUGAUCCUUGAUGAUGUUUGGACAAGGGAAUCUCUGGACCAGCUGAUGUUCACUAUUCCUGGAUACUCAACUCUUGUGGUCUCACGGUCUAAACUCGCGGAUACUAGAACCACCUAUGAUGUAGAGUUACUAAACGAAGAUGAAGCAACGUCUCUGUUCUGUCUCUCUGCUUUCAACCAGAAAUCAGUCCCGCUAGGAUUCAGCAAAAGUUUGGUCAAGCAGGUUGUUGGGGAGUGUAAAGGUCUACCUUUGUCUCUGAAAGUUAUUGGUGCUUCAUUGAAAAACCAACCUGAAAAAUAUUGGGAAGGUGCAGUCACGAGGUUAUCAAAGGGUGAACCUGCUGAUGAAACUCACGAGAGUAGGGUGUUUGCUCAAAUCCAAGCAACUUUAGAAAAUCUAGACCUUAAAACCAGAGACUGUUUCUUGGAACUCGGUGCUUUCCCUGAAGACAAGAAGAUCCCUCUUGAUGUUCUCAUAAACGUGUUGGUUGAGUUGCAUGAUCUCGAGGACACAACUGCUUUUGCUGUUAUUGUUGAUUUAGCAAACAGGAAUCUUCUUACUCUCGUGAAAGAUCCAAGGUUUGGCGCUAUGUACACUAGCUACUAUGACAUUUUUGUGACGCAGCAUGAUGUUCUAAGAGAUGUAGCACUUCGUCUUAGCAAUCGUGGGAUAUUGAAUAGACGAGAGCGGUUGUUGAUGCCAAAAAGAGAGUCAGAGCUUCCCAGAGAAUGGGAGAGAAGCAAUGAUGAGCCAUACAAUGCUCGGAUAGUUUCCAUUCACACAGGAGAAAUGACUGAGAUGGAUUGGUUUGACAUGGAACUCCCUAAGGCUGAAGUUUUGAUCUUAAACUUUUCUUCUGAGAAAUAUGUAUUGCCUCCUUUCAUUGCUAGGAUGGGCAAGCUUAGGGCGCUCGUGAUUAUAAACAACGGUAUGUCUCCAGCUCGUCUACAUGACUUCUCAAUCUUUACCAAUAUGGCCAGGCUGAAGAGUCUAUGGCUUGAGAGGGUUCAUGUCCCUGAACUCUCUAGCAGUACGGUUCCCUUGAAAAACCUCCACAAGCUAUCUCUGAUCCUAUGCAAGAUCAAUAAUAGCUUUGAUCAGACUGAAGUAGACAUUGCCCAAGUCUUCCCAAAACUGACUGAUCUCACAAUAGAUCAUUGUGGUGAUCUUGUGGAACUACCUUCCACCAUCUGUGGAAUCACCUCUCUCAACUCCAUCAGCAUAACAAAUUGUCCCCGCAUCAAGGAAUUGCCUAAGCAUCUGAGUAAGCUAAAAGCCCUUCAACUUCUGAGGCUAUACGCUUGCCCGGAGCUGAAAUCUCUGCCUGUAGAAAUCUGUGCGCUGCCAAGACUAAAGUACGUAGACAUCUCUCAAUGUGUCAGCCUGAGUUCUCUUCCAGAAGAGAUAGGAAAAGUAAGGACACUUGAGAAGAUGGACAUGAGAGAAUGCAGCUUACUGAGCAUACCGAGAUCUGCAGUUUCAUUGACUUCUCUACGCCAUGUAAUAUGCGAUAGCGAGGCUUUGUGGAUGUGGGAAGAGGUGGAGAAGGCGGUUCCAGGACUUCGUGUUGAAGCCGCUGAAAAGUCUUUCAGCCUGGAUUGGCUCGACGAAUAGGCAAUGCUUCUCCCUCCGAGCCUUUUGAACCAUGUUGUGUCUAAAUAAUUCAUUGCUUAUAUGUAGCAAUUUCUUGUAUAAUAUUUAUUUGCUUUGCGAUUUUCAUAUAAGUUGGAUUUAUGUUAGGAUCAUUCCAGAUUUUUAACCUGUAAUAUAGAGUAGGUUUUGUGACCAAGAAAAAAAUUGUAUUUGAAAAGUUAUAUAAAAAAAAAAAUUAAAUGUUAAAUUUA